CUACAAAUACUUAAAAUUAUUUAUGGACGAUUGACGUAGAUAUGUCUUAUUCUAAAUUAUUAUUGCAUGUAUUCUGCUUUUUCUGGUAAGUGUAUUUUUGCUUCUUUUAGGAGGAUUUUCUAUGGGAGGAUGCAUGGCAAUGCAUUUAGCAUAUAGAAAUCAUCGAGAUGUGGCAGGAGUAUUUGCUCUUUCUAGUUUUCUAAAUAAAGCAUCUGCUGUUUACCAGGCUCUUCAGAAAAGUGAUGGUGUACUUCCUGAAUUAUUUCAGUGUCAUGGUACUGCAGAUGAGUUAGUUCUUCAUUCUUGGGGAGAAGAGACAAACUCAAUGUUAAAAUCUCUAGGCGUGAGUGCAAAGUUUCAUAGUUUUCCAGAUGUUUACCAUGAGCUAAGCAAAACUGAGCUAGAAAAACUGAAGUCAUGGAUUCUUGCAAAACUACCAGGAGAAAUGGAAACGCAAAAUGAAUGAAUCAAGAUUGAUUUGUUAAUAUACAUAUAAUAUCAUUGUGAAAAGUGAUUUUUACUGCCAAAUUAUAAUGGAAAAUAAUUAAAUAUUAAGAAAUAACAA